CGGAGCGGCGCGCAGCGACGAUGCCGUCGCACUCGGAUCUGGACCGGCAGAUCUCGCAGCUGCGGGACUGCAAGUACCUGCCGGACGCCGAGGUCAAGGCGCUCUGCGACCAGGCCAAGGCCAUCCUCAUGGAGGAGUGGAACGUGCAGCCCGUGCGAUGCCCCGUCACCGUCUGCGGCGACAUCCACGGCCAGUUCUACGACCUCAUCGAGCUAUUCCGCAUCGGGGGCGACACGCCCGACACUAACUACCUCUUCAUGGGAGACUACGUCGACCGUGGCUACUAUUCAGUGGAGACUGUUUCAUUAUUAGUGGCUCUCAAAGUUCGUUAUAGAGACAGAAUUACAAUAUUGAGAGGAAAUCACGAGAGCAGACAAAUCACUCAAGUGUAUGGCUUCUACGAUGAAUGCUUGCGGAAGUAUGGAAAUGCAAACGUUUGGAAGUACUUCACGGAUUUGUUUGAUUAUUUGCCUCUGACAGCUCUUAUAGAAAAUCAGGUAUUCUGCCUCCAUGGUGGUCUCUCUCCAUCAUUGGAUACAUUGGACAAUAUUCGCUCUCUUGAUCGCAUACAAGAGGUCCCGCAUGAAGGUCCCAUGUGUGAUCUAUUGUGGUCUGACCCAGAUGACCGAUGCGGAUGGGGGAUUUCGCCAAGAGGAGCAGGGUACACAUUUGGACAAGAUAUUGCACAACAAUUCAACCAUACAAAUGGACUUAGCCUUAUUUCAAGGGCCCAUCAACUUGUGAUGGAAGGGUUUAAUUGGGCCCAGGAGAAGAACGUUGUCACAGUUUUCAGCGCGCCAAACUACUGUUACCGAUGUGGUAACAUGGCUGCGAUUCUCGAAAUAGGGGAAAACAUGGAUCAGAACUUCCUCCAAUUCGAUCCAGCACCACGGCAAAUUGAGCCGGAUACAACGCGCAAGACUCCCGACUACUUUUUGUAAUUGUGGUGCUGCUCUUUUUUAACUUGACUGCCGCGGGUGCUCCUCUUGCCCGCAGCAGUGCCUGGAUCUGUAGAUCUAUGUCCUUAGAAAAUGGGUUUCCUUGAGCCGAGUUGUGUACCCCCUCUCAUUCUUUUGUUUGGAGAUUUUGGUUGCCGCUUCUCAGGACCUCAUAGGACAUGUUAAAAGUACAUUGCAUUGGUAUUUUCUUUUUGUAUCUCCAUUUUGUAUUAUUUCCAAGACAGAGAAGAGAAGCUGCAAUAGAAUCAUCUCGCAACAUAUUUCCUGCUCUCUUCAAAAGAUGUUGCCUGGACAA